CACGUGUCGAUCAACACCUUUAACCUCGACAACAAUGACCCAACCAACCAGUUGUUCAAGUACAGCCAAGCUAGCGCCCCUCCGAGCAGGGGAUAAUCAGAAUCACGUGACCAACAAGGCUGACAGAUACGAGCGCCCCUCUCACACGCCCUCCAAUCCACCAAACAUCCCCAAACCUCCCACCCAAAGUGAACAACCAACAAGAAAAAAUGAAUAUGCCCUCCGGAUCCCCAACGCAGCACACCCUCAACACCCCCGAGCUCCUCGAGCUCAUCCUCUCCCAACUCGACCCGCGCACCCUCCUCACCGCCGCCCAACUAACCUGCCGCACUUGGCGCACCCUCAUCCAAACCUCCCACCCGCUCCAGGAAGCCCUAUUCUUCCGGCCCGCCCGAGCAAUCCCCACCACCCCCGCCCCUGCUACCAAGAAGUUCAACCCGCUGCUGGCGUGGGCAUUCCCCGGAUUUUUCCCGCGACCCCCCGGCUGCAGCAGCGCGUCGGAGGCAGCCCCCUUCGCCAGCCACGCGGUUUUCCACUGGCACACUCUCGACUUCGUCGUGCGCCCGGACAAAUGCCCCGCCUAUUUCCGGAAGGAGGCCAGCUGGCGCCGGAUGCUGGUGCACCAGCAGCAGCAACAGCAUGCGCCUCCGCAGUCGGUGGGAGUGAUGACCGCGUGCAGUGGGAUCAGUGGGGAGGAGAUCUGUUUGGAGAGUUGGGUAUGUUUGUCCCCCUUUUUUUCUGUCUUUGUUUGUGUGUGCAACUCAAAGUAACGCUAUUGC